UGGGCAAGGUUUGACGACAUAUAUAGUACUUGGGUCAGUCCUCCUUGGUUGUUCGAACCCUAUGCAGAAGAUCGGAGGCAGUCAUAUGUACGAUGACGCCUGAGCGACUUGGAGUUUUGUUUCUCCGUGAACGAUCGAUCCGAUCCCGAGAUCUCUGCUCUCUGGUUGAUUUCGGUAAGGAUAACCCUAUUGUUAACUCUGAAAUCGUUGCCUCCAAUCCAGAUCCAGACAUCGAAAGGAGUAAUAAUUCAUACGAACACUGGAUCAAUAGAUUGACCCAGGCAUUCAAUGCUUUGGGAGGAGAGUCAUGGCUGUUGGAGCAGAGAGACACGCUCGAUGUAUCAGACGAAGACGAGGAGGAAGUCAUUUUCGCCACCAAAUCCUCGACGCUCAGCUUGGGCGUGUCGAGCGGGGAGAGCCAAGAAGAUGAAGAAGAAGGUGACGACGACAAGGAGGAAGCCACAGUGUCUACAGCUGCGCGGUCGAAGAAGAAGCCAGCGAAGAAAGGGGAGAAGGGCAGACGCCCAGGAUAA